GCGUGCACUCCAUCCCUGAUAGGUGGAUUUGAAGGGCCAGUAGGACCGCCAGGGCGAGAUGGACGCGAUGGAAGUCGAGGAGAGCCAGGACCUAAAGGUCCAGAUGGUCCGAAAGGAAAGCAGGGAAUCCAAGGUCCGCAGGGACCACAAGGUCCUCCAGGCGACAAAGGAAUAGAAGGACCGCAAGGUAUGAAAGGUAUGAGAGGAGUUCAGGGAGAAAAAGGACCAGAUGAUGCCAGAUAA